ACAAGUCUAUAUUUGUUAUUGGUAGACACACUACCAUCUCUUCGUAUGCCAAACUAACAUAUGGACUCGCUUGCUCAUGUUAACUCACAUGUAGACACUGUAACAUCAGUUUCUUUCUCUCUUGCAGACACAUAGAAAAAUAUCUUCUCUAAAUAGCUUAGGUUUUUUACAUUUUGGUGUUCUUAAUUCAUUAUAACUACAUCACACAGAUCAGAAAAAUCAUCAUUUUCCAACUCCAUUUAGCUUGGACCAUUUCCGUUGUGUACGAGUCAUUUAUGAUGUUAGCAAACCAUUCUUAACUACACUUUUUAUAUCAUGUACCUAUGGUCUUCUAUGAUUGUAGUGAUGGGAAAGGUUAAAAUUUUGGAUAAAUUUUCAGUUUCCUUACGUUAUGCACUGCUUCCACUAGCACUGAAAGCAUCAGGAAUAGGUUCACCGAGUAACUGUGUGAACGGGUUCCUUUGGAAGUAGAAUUAUAUGAUUAUUGGAGAGACUUUCAUUUUGAGUGGUAGUUACGUUUCAGGAAACCGAUUGCAUGUAAACCCCAGGUUUGUUGGAGGUUAUGUACUGGUUAUAUAUUUUAAAAGACAAUUGCCCCAUUGGCUAUCUUAUGUUUUUGGGAUGCAUCUUUAGACCAAGAAGUAUAUGCUUUAAUAUCCUAAAAUAUGAUCAUGUGUUGAGUCAACUUACAAUUCUCUGAAACUAGUUUAUCCAAAUAUAUGUGUGACACAUUGAUUUCUUGCACUCCCAGUUGAAUGUAUUUUACAUUUGUUUAGACUAUGUCUAAAGUUCAUGUUACGAGGAUGUUGCAGUCCCUCUUCCCUAUUCCUCAACUGGACUUUGAGAUUCCUCCAGAGGCACAACGUGGAUCUUUAUCUACUGUGGAAGGGAUAUUACUAAGAGCUUCUGAAGAAUUGCAAAUCCUUCAAGAAGAGAGAAAGAAAGUGGAUCCUCAAACUGCGGAGGCAAUAGACCAGUUUAUACUAAAAUUAAAAGAGUGUGCCAUAGGAAAUUUGUCUUUUACUUUCAUCCUUGAUGAUCCUGCUGGUAACAGUUUUGUAGAGAAUCCUUUUGCCCCAUCUCCAGAUCCAUCAUUAAGUAUUGAGUUCUAUGACCGAACUCGUGAGCAACAAGGAUUGCUAGGAUAUGUUGCUGAUCCAACACAAUCAGCAGAAGUUGGCAAUGAAGCAUUAUCAAAUAAUUUUCCAUCUCAAGCAACUGUUGAACCACAUGGGUCAGUUGGAGCAGUGGCUGGCCGUCGAGCAAUAGCCCAAGGAAAUAGUGCAGAACUCGCUGAAGCUCUGUUUCGAUAUACGGCACCAGAAGAGGUGAUGACUUUCCCAUCAACAUGUGGUGCUUGUGCUGUAAGCUGUGAAACUCGCAUGUUCCUCACCAAAAUCCCUUACUUUCAAGAAGUAAUCGUCAUGGCAUCUACAUGUGAUGCUUGUGGCUAUCGUAAUUCUGAGUUGAAGUCUGGCGGUGCUAUUCCUGCCAAGGGAAAGAAAAUUUCUGUUACUGUGAAAAACUUAGGUGACUUGAGCCGUGAUGUGAUAAAGUCGGAUACUGCCAGUGUAGUAAUUCCAGAAAUUGAUUUGGAGCUAACCAGUGGUACGUUGGGAGGAAGCGUGACAACCGUUGAAGGUUUAAUUACAAAGAUAAGUGAAGCUCUCGAGAGAGUACAUGGGUUCACUUUUGGAGAUAGUUUGGAGGAAAGCAGAAAAAGCAAGUGGCAAGACUUCAGAGCUAGGCUUACUAAGCUUUUGAGUCUCGAAGAACCCUGGACCUUGAUUAUGGAUGAUGCCCUGGCAAACUCUUUUGUUGCUCCGGCUUGUGAUGAUAUUAAAGAUGACCAUCAGUUAACAAUUGAGGAAUAUGAGAGGAGUUGGGAACAGAAUGAGGAAUUGGGUCUGAAUGAUAUGGACACAUCUGCAGCUGAUGCUGCUUACGACUCGAUAGACGCUUCAUCAUGAUAUGUCUCCCCGUCUUUAUCGAACCCAAAGCAUUUUUGUUAUUAUCUCGUGUAGUGUUUAAAAGUGGACUUAGAAGAUGAAAGAACGUAUUUGACCAAAAGAUAUUGAUGCAGUUUUGAUGGAAGGAACAUUUGCUAUUGGUUUUUAUUUGAUAUCUGUUUCGACUAAUAAUUUGUUUUCAUCAUUUGAUUCAGUUUACAGAUAACUCUGUCUUCAAGUGC